AUGGCGAAAGAUGGCUCCCGUCGAUCAAGUGCCGCACCUUCGACUCAUAACGAUUCCCCGCGGGCGAACAUCCAUGAAGCUCCCGCACAAGGACCACAGCAAACUGGCGAAGCUGCCAACAACGCUGCUCAAGAUGCCCCAUCGAAAGCCGACCCGGUCAAACCAUUUACUGCGAACGGUGCAAAUUUACGAGCAGCUGAGUCGCAACCCAUGACAGCGUCCAACUCGACUUCUUCGAACCCCCCCACAAAAGAGGUACCUUCCAGUGCCGCGGGUCCGGCUGCCGCAUAUGGAACUCGGUCGCGCAACAGAACAGGGAAUUCGCGGCCAAAUUAUGCCGAAGACAAAGAAUUGGACGCGGAACUUGAUGCUGUAUCGUCUGUCAAGGUGGUAACUGGGCGCAAAUCGAGGGUGGUAGACUCGGCAGCUUCGACCGAUGAUGGGCACCUUCCAUCCAAGAGUGCUAGUACCAUGGAACUGGAGAGUCAUCCUACAACACAGAGCCAUAAUAAAGACUCAAUACCUGGGACAUCUACCUUUUCCGCCAACCCAACAUCCAACGGUACCCAGUCAAAGAAGAGAAAGGCUGCCACCCAGGCUGCUACACAGCCGCUGCAAGUACCAACACAAAAUAUGCCACAGGCUGCGACUCGUAGAGCCAGUACGGCCGCACAUGUGGCUUAUAAUGUGGAAGACUCGAAUAUGCUGAGCUUUGAAAACUGUGGAGGUCGCUUGAGGGAUAGCAAGCUCGUGGCCGACGAUGGAACUGUUUUCGAAGUCAAUGAUCAUGCUUACCUUGUCUGUGAGCCUCCGGGUGAGCCAUAUUAUCUGGGGCGUAUCAUGGAGUUUCUCCAUGUUAACAACGACCCCAAGCAGCCCAUCGAUGCUCUUCGGCUAAACUGGUACUAUCGUGCGAAAGACAUCGGUAAGAGUAUCAGUGAUACCCGCCAGAUAUUUGCAUCCAUGCACUCCGAUGUCAGUCCUUUGACAGCACUCAGAGGGAAGUGUCAAAUCAAGCACAAAACCGAAGUUGAGAAACUGGAUGAUCUCAGGAAAACUAAAGAUUGCUUUUGGUACGAAAAACUCUACGACCGUUACAUUCAUCGUUAUUUUGAUGUCAUCCCGACUGCUCACAUAAUCAACGUACCUGCCGAGGUCAAAAAGGUCCUGGAUGAAAGAUGGAAAUAUAUUAUCGUUGAACCUGGACGCGGAAAGGAGUUGACAAGUGCUGUUAAAACGUGUAAAACUUGCAGCAAGUACUGCGCGAGUAACGACUCCGUCGAUUGUGCCGUCUGUGGCAAUACAUAUCACAUGAGAUGUGUAAACCCUCCGUUGCUGAAGAAGCCAUCACGAGGAUUUGCUUGGGCCUGUGCGCCUUGCAGCAAAGCAGAGGAGAAGAGACUGCAAGCACGCCAUACGCCAAACGUCAACGAUGUUGAAGAGGAAGAAAAUAACGAAGAAGAUGGAGAAAGCCACAAAACGGCUGGUGAUGAGCUUAAUACUGGUGGAACAACCCUGAUUUCCAACGAAGGUGACGGAUCUCUCCAUUCCGGUACAGCUGAGCAGCAGUAUCAAGCAAGCCUGUGGCAGUGGCGAUAUCUUGGCCAGCAUUGUAAAGUCGAGGAUGCGUUGGACUACGAUGAUCGGAUACACCCCAGAGCGAGUUCGCGCCUAGGUCCGCGGCACCAAGCCAACGUUCUUCCCUGGCCUGGCAGACCAGUGGAAUAUGUUAAACCUUUGCAAGUCAAGAGGAAGUACAUGAAAGGAGGUGGACACAAGAAAGAUUCCAAACCUUCAAAAGAAGCUCUUGCCGUCCUGGAGGCUAAUAAGGCUGCUCAGGAGAACCGCCCUAAGUGGGUUAUGGAUGAGCCGGUGGGUUAUGUUCACCGCGGAGAAGAUCAUGAACCAGGUGAUCCCAACUGCACAGCUGAGCUGCUCUACAAGCUUCCCGAGACGAUGGAAGUCGCUGGAAAGAUUAUCAGCGAUUGUAAUCCAGAUGAUUCCGUUGUUCCUCCGCGAGAGCAAGCGAUAUUUGAUUACAUGGGUCGAGCUGCACAGCUUGCAAGACCUAAAGGGCUCCCGUAUCUAUCGACUAACAUGUUGGAUGUCGCUCUUCAUACGCUACACCUCAAUGGCUAUAACGUAGAACAAGCCCUCCUCGCUUUGCAGAAUACGGAUAAAAGAGCUUUCAAGGAACCGGAUUUGACCCCCCAGGAGCUCAAAAAGUUCGAAGAUGGCGUUGUGAAGUUCGGAUCCGAGUGGCAUAGUCUCAAAAAACACGUGAAGACUGUCAGUGCCGGUAACAUAGUUCGGUUCUAUUACACCUGGAAGAAGACCGAGCGAGGGAAGCAGAUAUGGGGUAAUUACAAAGGUCGCAAAGGCAAGAAGGAAGCGAAGCGAGCCGAAGCUACGGUUGGAAAAUUGCAGGACGAUGUCGCCGACGAGAAUGAUGAUUCUGCGUUUGACAACGAGAAGGCGGCACAAAAGAAGCGGCUAUUCCAAUGCAAGUUUUGCAAUACAAGAGAAUCGAGACAAUGGCGACGGGCUCCCAACACCGCUGCUGGAACUAUGAUCUCAGAUAAUCCGGGUGGUAAAACUUCAGGUAAAGACAAGAGCAACCAGUUCAUGGUUGCCUUGUGCAGGAGAUGUGCUGAACUCUGGCGACGAUAUGGCAUUCAAUGGGAGGACAUUGACGAGGCAUCUAAGAAGGGGCCAUACAAGAGAAAAAUCGACGAGGAACUUCUUAAAGAGCUCGUGGCAGCUAAUGAAGUCCAGAACCAGGCCGUUCCUGUUGCGCCGGUGGUCCCUGUAACGAAUGUACCUCCUGCUCCAGCCAUGGUCGUUCAAGCAACUGGUCCUGAACCACCUAGAAAAAAGCUAAAGGGCACAUCUGAGCGAGACUCGAUAGACACCGCUAUGGAGCCAACUGCAAAUGCAGGACCAAAAAAGAAGAUCGUGCCUGAAAAGCCAGUAGGCCCGCCGCCUCCUCCAGAUCCACCGAAAGCCAGGCUACUUCCAUGCGCGAUCUGCGGUGAGAUGGACCCUAUGGGUGACCAACAUCUUUCAUGCAAAGAAUGUCGAAUGGCAGUGCAUAGAAAUUGUUAUGGUGCUGUCGGGGAGAACCGAAGUCCUAGCAAAUGGGUCUGCGAUAUGUGCUCCAAUGACAAGAAUCCCCAGGUUUCAAUUCAAUAUAAGUGCACUCUCUGUCCCAUAGAGUUUACAGAGCACGACUUUGUCGAGCCUCCUAAAGUUACACACAAGAAGAAAUCGGAGAAGGAUCGCGAGCGUGACCGGGUCGAGCGUGAGAGUGCCCAGAAAGCGGCAGACUAUUUCCGGAAGAAGCAGGAGGAGAUGAACAAACCUGUCAACCCUCGCGAGCCCCUGAAACGAACGGCAAAUAACAACUGGGUCCAUGUCACUUGCGCCGUCUUCACUCCAGAGGUGAAAUUCGGCAAUGCCAAGGCUCUAGAGCCAUCGGAGGGGAUCCCAUCGAUACCUACAGCGAGAUACGAUGAGACGUGCAAGGUCUGCAAAAAAAAUAAGGGUGCAUGUGUGAGUUGUCAGACAUGCAAAAUACCAGUGCACGUCGAAUGCGCGCAUCAAGCUGGAUAUAUCCUUGGCUUCGACAUCACUCCUGUGAAAGGAUCUCGUCGCGAUCAAGUCACCACUGUUAACAUCAACGGAGAAGUUGGAACUAUGACUGCAGCCAUUUGGUGCAAGGAACACGUUCCCGCCAAAUCUGCCGUACACCACAUGCAUGAGAUCGUGGAUCAGGAGACCGGCCUGACUGCAUUGCAGCUCUACGUCCAGAACUUCAAGCAGGCAGACUUGGCAUUGACUGGGACUGUUCGUAAGGCAACACUCGUCAACCAGUCCACAAAGGUUGUCAACCCUCAAGCCACGGCUGCUCCGGCUCCUAAUCGACGUACCUCGACGACAACGGGCGCUAACGGGCACGCCGGGAGAGGCUCUGUAUCCCACGCAAAGGCAGAAGACGUACCUACGGACCUGUACUCGGUCGCCAAAGGUACCCCACGGAAGAUCUGCGUUACCUGUGACAUCGAUGUCAGCCCGAAGUGGUGGCCAUACCUCACACAACAACCAGAGAAAAUCUCCGAGCCUCCGAUUGAAGUUUCUCCUGAGCUAAAUGGCGAUCUCGGUCAUGCAAGUGACGCGCCAUUAACCAAUGGCCAUACAACGAAUGACUCCGGUGAAGAGACUGGUGGUACAAAUGUGGCUUUAGCAGCAGCAGCUUUGCAUCGAAAUCCGAAGACCGUUGCUUUGUCGACAGAGUUCCAAUGCCACCAGUGCCAUUAUGACAGAGUUCGUAAAAACUCGCCCACGCCACUGCCUCCACCUCCCGUGCCCGCAACUCGAGAAACGUCAAGACCUCCACCUAGUAUUCCUGCUCCGAUUCCAGUCACUGAACCAGACCUAUCUCAGCCCGCACCAUCCCCACAGGUGUGGCCUCCUCAUCCUCCGUCGUACCCACCCAAUGGGUCAUCCUACAACUGGCCACGACAGUCUCCCGGGCCUCAACCGGUCCAACAUGCAAAUCUCUUAAACGGCAAUCAUUCUCCUCGAGGCAAUCCUGGACAUGUGCUCUCACAUACUGAUCAGCCUCAAUAUCGACAGUCGGCUCAUGGCCUGCCGCCUUCGCCUCGUCAGACCAAUGGGUACCACCCUCAUGCCUCGAACGGGUAUCGUCCACCUUCGCCACGUCAGAACAUGGGAUCUCCGACCCUCCACAUGCAAAAUAGCACAUAUGCAUCAUACGUUUCGACAAGGUCCCCACCUCAGCACUUGACUAAUGGAGGUCCGCCACCCAGAGCACCAGAGCACCCAUUCGUGCAUAAUAACUCGCCGAUGCAUCCUCGUCCAUCAUAUGGCCCGCCUCACGGUAGUCCGCCUGUGUCCCGCGAUCCUCAUUCUCAAGGUCGAGACAUGGUGAGCCAACAAAACAACAACGGACGACCAAAUGAUGGCCGAGUCAAUGGUGGGGCGAGUGCAAGUCCAUCUUUGCGGAAUCUGCUUUCGUAA